GAAUAUCAACCAAAUGAAGUUGCAACGAGAUCAAAAGAGCUUCAAUCAUGGCUUAGUAACUCAUCAUUUAUUCUAAACCAGAAAAAUAACAUACUUCAUAUCCCGAGGACCUCAAAUCCCCCAAACUUGAAGAUAUAAACUUGCCACGUGACUCUGCAAAGUGGACCUCUAGUUCGCUUAACGAAAAGCAUCUCCAAAGUCAUCCGAUGCCCCAUCCUCCACCACCCAUUCCAACUCGUACGUAGCUCUAUCCUCUACAAUUUGUAUCAACACUCGUCCGCACGCAUAACGCCUCUCGAAAUCUCCAACCCAUAAUCCUCCUCGUCGCAAACAUGCUCCGCACAUCAAUUGUCCGCGCCGCCACGGGCUCUGUGGUUCGAAACCAGGUUCGAUGUGCUUCCACUCAUGCGAUCAGUAAUCCUACUUUGGCCGAUAUCGAGAAGAGGUGGGAGGGUAUGCCCCCGCAGGAACAAGCCGAGCUUUGGAUGAACUUGAGGGAUCGCAUGAAGAUUAAUUGGGCCGAGUUGACUUUACAAGAGAAGAAGGCUGCUUACUACAUUGCCUUUGGCGCCCACGGACCACGAGCUCAAACCCCCCCAGGAGAAGGAUGGAAGGUCUUUGGAUACACAAUGGGUGGAGUUGGUGUUUCCCUCGCUCUUUUCCUCACCAUUAGAUCAUUCGCAAAGGGAACUCCAUCUACCAUGAACAAGGAAUGGGAAGAGGCUACAAACGAAUACUUGAGAGCACAAAACUCCGAACCCAUCAGUGGUCUCUCCUCCGAAGGAUACUCUGGCCCCGGUCAAGUCCAAUCUGCACCCAAGAAGAACUAAAUUCUCCCUCAUACCAACUAUACAUAAUGCCAGAAAAGAAAAGAAUACAUACCCUACUCGGAACGGUGCUAUUCGAAAAAACUACCUGCAUACAAACUCUUAUUUCUUUUGUUGGAUGGAUGUGAGCCUGGAGAUGGAUGGAACAGAAAUCGAAUGGGAUCUGCAUGAGAUGAUGAAGAGGGGAGAUUUCUUGUAAAGGGGAUCUUGGCGGAUGGAAAGCAUUGUUUUGUGCAUAGAAUUUAGGGGUGGGAAAAUAAAUCCGGGGGUGGGGAGAGAGACGUGAGCGAGGGAGAUGAAAGAUCCAAUUUUACAAUGAACUUUUUUGUACAACAGUUCGUGAAUGAUUCCAUGUUUUUUUGCGUGCGCA